GCGCUAAACAAUCUCUCUCUCUUCCGAAUCUCUCUUUCAAAAUCCAGUCUUUCAGCUCUCUCUUUUCAUCUCGUUCUAUUGCAAUUACAGGGGUUCAGGUCAGUCAUGGCGGAGUUAAUGUCUCAUUCCUCUCUCUUCCUUCUCCCAACUCCAAUAAACCCCUCCAAAGCCACUUACGGCCUCAUCGUCCUCAAUCACCGCCUUCCAUCCUUCACACCCCUUCUCUGGAAGCACGCGCAACUACGGCUAUGCGCAGAUGGAGGAGCAAAUCGACUUUAUGAUGAGAUUCCGGAGAUGUUACCCAACGAGGAUCCGAUUGAUGUUCGUUUGAGGUUCAAGCCAGAUGUCAUAAAGGGAGAUAUGGAUUCAAUCAGGAGAGAAGUCCGUGAAUUUUAUGCCAAUCUGGGAACUGAGAUUUUGGAUGAAUCAGAUGAUCAAGAUACUACGGACCUACACAAAUGUGUUGCUUUUAUCAAGAAUUGCACUCCAAACUUGGAGAAGUCAAAUUUGAGAAUUAUUGUUGCUGGGGCACUAGGAGGCAGAUUUGAUCAUGAGAUGGGAAAUGUCAACGUUCUUCUCAAAUUUUCAGAUAUUCGGAUAACUCUUCUAUCUGAAGACUGCCUGCUUUACAUUCUUCCAAGAGGCCACCGUCAUGAAAUAUGUAUUCUCUCUUCAGUUGAAGGCCCUCACUGUGGUCUCAUUCCAAUUGGUAUUCCAUCUAAAAGUACCACGACUACAGGCCUGCAAUGGGAUCUCACUGAUUCGGCCAUGGAAUUUGGAGGCCUGAUAAGUACAUCAAACAUCGUUCGGGAGGAAAAGGUGACUGUUUCCUCUGAUUCUGAUCUGCUGUGGACAAUAUCCAUCCGCAAGGAGAAUAUAUAUUCUUGAAUUGAUUUUGGAAGACCAAUUGUCAUGUGGUACAUACGCAUCUUCACAGGCAGCCUAUUAAUACUGGAGCGCAUCGCUGGAGAAAUGCGUUAUUACUGGAGGGCACAAUCAUGGGAAUGCACCAUCCAUCGGAACCAUGUGGGUGGGAUGCAGUUUAUUGGAAUGUACUUUUCGCCUGAAACAGGCACACGUUGGUAGGCACAAAUCACCGAGGCAAGGCAAUUCACCGGAUGGUAUAAAUCACCGGAGGUUUUUCUAUUGAAAGCAUAAUGUAUAGCGGCAAAAAGAUAGACAACCUAUGAGCUCGACCCACGUAUGUACUCGCAGGAGGGGUGCUUUAUGUGCUGUUGUUAGCUUGCAAAGUGUAAAGUGCGUCAUCAAGUGUAAUUGCACCAUUGUCCUCACACACACAUACAAACACGUACAUUCGCGAUUCGUAUCACACUGUACAUGCUCCAUGUAAGCCUUCUCUCAUUUUGAUUUUUAAAACACAAGUGAAGAUAUCCACGUA